AUGUCGGAGUCAGAGUCAGGAUCAGAGAUAUCAGACAAGGGAGCAGAAUCCAGGGUUAUUCUGAAUGAGAGUGAUUUUGAAUCAGACUCUGAAGAUGAUCAAAAGGUGUUCAAUGUACGGAAGAAGACCAGCAUAAGACGGGAAGAAGCAGACAGUGAGGAAGAGGCAGACAGUGGUGAAGAAGCAGACAGUGGUGAAAAAGCAGACAGUGAUGAAGAAGCAGACAGUGAUAAAGAGGAACUCUACGAUGAACAAGAAGACGCAGACAGGGAAGAAGCAAAAGCCGAAACAACAAGCAAAUCAAAGAAAUUAUCACCUGAAAAGUUGAAGAAGGAACAGAAGAGAAUUAAGAAAACCGGUGUAUGCUAUUUGGCAUCGAUACCUCCAUUUAUGAAGCCUGCUAAAGUACGUUCUAUAUGCUCAUAUUUCGGACGAGUUGACCGACUCUUCUUAACUCCAGAAAGUCAAACCACUUACAAACGAAGAGUGAAAUACGGUGGGAAUAAGAAGAAAAACUUCACUGAAGGCUGGAUAGAGUUUGUGAAUAAGAAAGAUGCUAAACUAUGUGCUACCACGCUUAAUGGUAAGCCAUUCCCCGGUAAGAAGGGGAGUAGAUUCUAUGGAGAUCUUGUUAAUAUCAAGUACUUGAAGAAUUAUAAAUGGUCGGACUUGACGCAACAAAUUGCUACGGCCAACGAAGCCCGUGAAGCCAAGUUAACUCUUGAGCUAUCCCACCAAAAGAAGUUGAACUCCAAUUAUGUUCAAAACGUUGAAAAGUCUAAAACCAUCAAACACAUCCAACAGAAGCGCAAGGCUAAGGACUCCAAUGCAAAUAACGACGAAGACUCGGAGAUAAGAAGAGUGUUCAAGCAAAGAAGAGUCACCAGCACAAGAGCUGAUGCCAAACAAGAAUUGAAGGUUAAAGCACAGCCAUCAGAAAAGUUAACUGGUGUGUUGUCCCAUAUAUUUUAA